CGGCCGGUCGCUCGAUAGUGGGGCGGGACUGAAGGGUGACGCGCUGACGCGACUGCCAUCGGGCGGGUCCCGUGAUGGCUGGCGUUGGCACCACUGCCGCGGUUGCUCUGUCGCUUGCUGCGCUCCCGGCGACUACUUUAGGAGCCGUUCUCGGCCGCCGUAGCAGUGCUACCAUGGUUGACGACGAGUCCGCGGAGUUCGCCAACGAACGGUCAGGAUGGCUAUCUAGUUGGUUCCCUGCAUGGUGUCCUACAUCACUUGUACACCUUAAAGAUGCUGAAGAGAAAAUUUUGAAAUGUAUUACAAGUACCUACAAUAAACAAUAUGUAUACCUAUCCAAUGGAAAUAAAAUAUGGACGCUUACAUUCUCUCAGAACCUUUCACAGAAAACUCCACUUGUUCUUCUUCAUGGGUUUGGAGGUGGUAUUGGACUUUGGGCUCUCAACUUCGAAGAUCUUUGUGAAAAUAGGACUGUAUAUGCAUUUGAUUUCUUGGGAUUUGGUCGCAGUAGUAGACCCCAGUUUGACACUGAUGCAGAGGUGGCAGAAAAUCAAUUUGUAGAGUCUAUUGAAGAAUGGAGACGGAAAAUAGGAUUGGAUAGAAUGAUUUUACUUGGACACAACUUGGGUGGCUUCCUGGCAGCUGCUUAUUCACUAAAAUACCCAUCAAGAGUAAAGCACCUUCUAUUAGUGGAACCAUGGGGUUUUCCAGAAAGGCCUUCCAAUGCUGAGCAUGAGAGGACUAUUCCAAUAUGGAUCAAAGCACUUGGAGCCAUUUUGAGUCCAUUUAAUCCAUUGGCUGGUCUCAGAAUAGCCGGACCUUUUGGAUUGAGCCUGGUACAACGUAUAAGGCCAGACUUUAAGAGAAAGUAUUCAUCUAUGUUUGAUGAUGAUACAGUCACAGAAUAUAUCUAUCACUGUAAUGUGCAAUCACCAAGCGGUGAAACUGCUUUCAAGAACAUGACAGUUCCCUAUGGAUGGGCAAAAAGGCCAAUGCUGCAGAGAAUUGCUCAUAUGCAUCAAGACAUUCCUAUCACUGUGAUUUAUGGAGCAAGGUCAUGUAUAGAUGGCAAUUCUGGAGCCACCAUCCAGUCCCUGCGACCAAAUUCCUAUGUGAAAACAAUAGCUAUCCUUGGUGCAGGUCAUUAUGUAUAUGCGGAUCAACCUGAAGACUUCAACCAAAAAAUAAAUGAGAUUUGCAAUUUUGUCGACUGAAAGGUUCUGCUAUUUGAAAAAAGAGGCUAUAGAUAUAAUUCAAAGCAAUACUUUAUAGUAUAUUAUAAAAAUGUUAAGGAAAAGCUGAAAAAAGAACUGAUUUUUUUAAUGCACUCUUUUAAGAUGUUUUCACACUUAAAACUAUGCAGUGCCUUUUAUUGUAAUGGGCAGAUUUAAAAAUAGUUGUACAUUUUAGUUUGAUUCUGUCUCUGUAUAUUUAGGGGAAAUAUUAUAUUUCAAUAUGUAUUAAAACAUUUUAAAAGUGGAAUUUUAAAAGUGGAAUUUUACAAAAUUAAUAUGCAGGAAUUUCUAUAGCAAAAUUACAGUUUGGCUACUUCUUUACUUAUUGCAGUCUUCUAUCUUGAACUUUUUAAGAAGAUGAAAAAUUUACUGAGAUUUGAGUCAGAAGAAUGCAUAUAGGAUGUCAUUUCAUUGUAUUUUAUGUGGAAUUUGCCAAAAUUAUAAUAGUGAUCACUCAGGAAAAAGAGCACAAAUAGGAGGAAGAAGAGUUGGGAGAUUCUGAUUUUUAUUUUUUGCUCUUGUAAAUGUUGUUUAAUGUGCUAAUGAUUGAGUGCUUCGUGUCCUAAGUUCUAAGGUAUUAAUACCUUGGAACACCUAAGUUCCACUUGCUUUUAAAGAGAAGUUGCAGAAUACAGUGGAUUUGACACUGAUUAUUGCAAGAUAUAUUGAUGACCUGAUUCUCAAUUUUUACAUGCUACUAAAAUUCAGUCAUUACAUAGGUCAUGGAUAAAGUACUGUAGUAGUUAAUAUUUGGAUGAAUAUCUAUUUUCUUACAAGUUUUUGGAAUUUUGAGCCAGUCUAACUGUAAAACAAUAUAAUCUUGUCAAAACUAGGUAUCUUAGAAAAAGGUAUAUUUAAUUAAUUAAUAGAAAUUAAUCUGAAAAUGUUAUCUUACCUCAGAAUUUUUAAAAUAAAGUAUCCUAAUACAGUAUUUUAAAGAGCUUAUUAAGGCCCUGGAUUCUUUUUUUAAAAAAGAACACUAAGGUAAGCUGGUUAAAUAAAUUAAGCAGGAUUGUAAACAUAAAAGCAAAUUGAGAUGUUUGUAAACCAAAUGUCUACACAAUAACUUGUUGGUUAACUUUUUAAUGUUGAAUUAACAACUGAAUCUCUGUUUUUUCUUAUACAAAACUUUUUAGCAUAUGUGAUGUAAUUCUUGAAAAGUAGUUAUUGUGCUGUUUUUAAAAGUGUCACAAUUCUGUUAAUAUAUAAAUCAAUUUAGAAGUUUAUUUUGAACAUACUGAUCUUAUUCCAGAUGCUUCAAAAUACUAGAUCUCUAGAUCAUUGAUAAAAUAAGAUUUAAGAUUUAAAAAACUGAAAACAAAAUUCUUCCAGAAAAUUUUUGUGCCAAGAUAAUUGGCAGAAUACAAUAACUAAAAACAAUUACUGAAAACUAAUUGUGUUACAUCUGUAUCUCUCUAAUUUAUCAGAUCACGGAUGGCCCAGCAAUUUUCAAAUAUGGAAAACUUGAUCCAUAUUCCAGCUAUAUUUGAAGAGUAUGGAAGAAUAGCAGAAUAUUCUGCUUUUUCCCUGAAGGUUCUGUCACUGGAAUAGUAUACUUUGUGCAUUUUUCUGUGGUUUCAUUAGGUUACAUUAGAUAAAUUGAUACAACAGCAUAGACUGCUCACUAUCUUCCGGGUAUUCUAUUGUCAAUAACAUCUCAUUUAUUAUUAAAUAUUUAUGUUACAUAAAUAACAUAAAAAUACCAUCUAAUUUGUUAUCUAAUUAGUAGUAUUUUUAUGUUAUUUAUAAACUCCAUAUUUAUAAGAAUAGAGCUGAUGUCCUUUCUCAAUACCUGCAGUUGUUGUCUUGUGAAAAGAAAAAUAUAACGAUCUGUUUCAGAUCCUAGUGAUGGAAAUUAAGCAACGACCAGGAUAACAAAACCACAGGGAGUGCUGAAAUGUGCCAUUUUGACUGGAACUAUAAAGCUUCUUUAUAAAUAUAUUGAUCAAAAUAAUCAAAAUAAUUCUGACUAUGAGUCAUCUAUACCAGAGGUAGGCAACAUAUUAAAAUGCAAUGAAAUCUUGGUAAUAUGGCAUAGUUGGGGACUCCCUGAUAUGGGAGGAGGGCUGUACCUCCCAAGGGAGAGAGUUGGGGACAGUUUGUGUGUGUGUGUGUGUGUGUGUGUGUGUGUGUGUGUGUGUAUGUUUUUUGUAACUAUUGGAUAUGUGUGUGAGAGUGUGAUUUAGUAGGUUCCCACUUCUUGAAUAGCAGUAAAAUGAGAGGAGUGGGUUGGACACCACCUGGCCAGUUAAUGAGAGAGGCCAGCCAAUGGGAUAGUGAAUAGUGGAUAGCGUUGGCAGCUUGGACCACCUGGAUGGUGCUGAGAGUGAGCUAAAGCAUUGUGGGGGGGGGCUCACUUCCAACUUCUGAGUUGGUAGGAGAUUUGCUGAUUGAUACAAAAGGAAAGACAGGUUCCUGUAUAAAGGAGCUAAGAGGCCAAAGUUGGGGGAUGCAUACUCUUGGGGGGGGGGCUUUGGGCAAGUCAGUAUAUUUGGUUAGUGAUUGGCAUGGGAUGUUUUGAUGGGAGACAGAGGCCAGGCAGUUUCUGGGGAAGAUGACUCCCCAGAAAUCAUCUGUUUAACAUUGAGGUGAGGGCCUGCUCCACAAGUUGCUGCUGAGACCCUGCUUCUGAAGAGAAGUGCCAAUUAGCAUUGGGGUUUAACAAUAUGCAACCAUGGGGAUUGCUGGUGGCUUGAGGGCACUACACCUUGUUAACUUUUUGGUCUUGUUAAUUUUUUAACUUUGAUUUCUUUUUUAACUUGUAAAUUUGAACUUCUUUUUAAAAUUUCUUUUUAACUGUGCUUUUACAUGUUUUUAUAUUAUUAUGUUUGUAUAUUACCUUAGGUCACUUAGGUGAGGCAGGCAGUAUAGAAAUUGGAUGGAUGGAUGCCCAACACCAAUAAAAUACCAUUUGUCCUCAUUUAUCUUAUAUAAGCAAAUUACAGCAACUAUUUGCAAUAUAAUUCCCACCAAGAUGAAUGAAAUCUAUCAGGUACUCUGAAAAUGCAGGGUAUGAAUUAAAUCUUAAGGCAACAGAAACAAUAGGUCUAUUGAUCAGCACUAGUAAUAGUUGUUUGUGGUGGCUGGGGUUAACUACAGUAUUUAAAAGCAUACAUAUCAAAAAUGGCUGCUACUGAGAAUAUCUUAAUCCAUCUUUUCAAUCUAUUGCUCUAAAAAUAUGUUGGGACCAUAAUUCUCAGGCAGUGUGGUUAGAUAGGCUAGGAAUUCUGGGAAAUUUAGCCCCUAUAAUCUGGAAAGCAUUACACUAUGAAAGGUAGUCUUAAUCCAUGUAUUAGAGAAGACUAUUAUCACUGGUUCUUGAAGAACUCUGUGUAGAUAUAAUUGAUUGACUAGAUAUGAUGAUGUUCCAUCACUGAUUCUGAUUCACGCUGCAUUCUUCGCUUUAGUGUUCUAUCAAGAUGAAUUCUCUGCCCUUUUUUGGGCUGCAGUACUAAGAUUGGCAACUGAAUAGAAAGGUUAUGCUUUGUUCUCUGUCUUAGUUCAUGAUUUCCUAGACAUGCAGCAGACCAGGUGAUAGAAAACAGUUUCUUUAUCAGUAAUAUCUACUUGUUCCUUAUAGAUAUAGCUAGCUGCCAAGAUUAAACUCUCAGAGUAACCAAUGCUUUUCUUUCCUGAAACAUGACAAAUAAACAACCUCUUGAACUACUUUAUAACAAGAUCUUUACACAUUGUGCUUUGUCUGUUAAAUUCUGAAUCAGCUGCACUUCACCACCACAUUUGCUGUGAUGUAGAAUGCAAUAGCAAAGUGACAGACAGCUAUAGUGCAUUCAGAAAGUAUUCAGACUCCCUUCACUUUUCUCAAUUUUGUUAUGCUGCAGCCCGAUUCUAAAGUUGUUGAAAUUUGCCUUCUGGUUUUGCGCAGUAGUGCAAGUAGCUGAGGGAUCGCGGGGCUCUGCAUCCUACAGCCGAUUCUUCUCUGGGGACCCUAAAUGGGCCAAAAGUCACCCUGAAGAGGCAGCAAAGAAGGAGGGAAGCCCCGCUGACCAUGGAGAGAUGGCAGUCGAUCCGGUCGGUGGGGGAAAGCCGUCCAGAAACCACCAGAAGAAAGGCUAGCAUUACUCCAGUGUCUAGCCCAGCUACAAGCAGCCGAAGCCAAAAAGCACUAAGUUAAGCUUAAUUAUAAAUAAUGUGUUUGGAAUUGGGUAAGAAUAUCGAUUCUCUCUCUUCUACUUGAUUGAUUUCCUGGGGGGAAAAAAACCCAAGAAGCAAAAAUCCUCCGAAAGUGAGAGGAGGGGGGGUUUUGCUCCACCCUCCCAUAGACGGAAGUGGCGAAAUCAUUUUUUUAUAGGGGACAGAAAUACAAUGAAAUGAAAUGAAUAUAAGACUUAAAUCUGGAUAAGAGUGAAAUUGGUGGAAUUAGUUAAGAUUUUCUUGGCAUAAGAUUAUUGAUGAAAACAGAAAGCAAUUGUUUGGAAAACCAAAAAAUGAACUGGUGCUGACAUCUAGUGAUGGAUGAAAAUAUAUAAUUAUGGCUGCUCUAAAUACAGAAACUGGCAAGCCCAGGAAAAGGUAACUUGUUAUUGUGACCUUCAAUGUUUUAACUAAACAAAGAACAGCUAUAAUAAAAGAAAACAUUUUGGGCUAUCUAUAAAGCAAGAACUAUAAAACUUAGGAAAAAAAAUUGACCUUCUUGGAUUAUAAAUACUUAUUGAAUUGUGACUUUAAAGUUGUUUGCAGAGAAAGGAAAACUUUGAUUUUUGGCUAUAAAGGAACAUUAGAGAUCUACAGAAAAAAUAUAUCAAGUAAAAACAGAUACUUUCCAGCAGGAAAUGUAUGCUGUGUUGCAACUAAUACAAAUGACAAUGACUUCAAACCACAAGGAAAUUAAAAAUAACUUUGAAAAUUUAAAUGAACAUAUCUUCAAUUUAACUUCACAACAAAAAACUCUCAAAAUAAAAAAAGAGUGAUCAAGUAAAGCAGAUAACUGAACAUAAACCAGAGGGAAGAGAUUCAAAGAUGGAAUCCAACAAUGGAAGGAACUAUGAUUUAACCCAGGCAGAGAAAAACUUGCAGGAAAUAUUCGAUAUAGAAAAGACAACUUAUACUUCAAGAUUGCAAAAUAAGUUUAAGGACAACAAACAGGAUUUGACAAAAUGGAUUACAGAGCUGUCAGGAGAACUUGAGAGACAAAAAAUGAUAAGAGAAACUAAGAGAGAAAGAAAAAGUUUUCCAAGGAAUAUGAAGGGGCAAAACAUACCCACAUAAACACUUUACUUGACUUGUCUCUUGUACCUACAACGAUAUCUACAAAACUAUGGGAAGACCUUUUGAUCCAGUGGAGCAUACUGAUUAGGAAAGAUGUUUGGUAAAAAAAAAAAAAA